CUCUCUCUCUCUCUUCCCCCCCCCUUCUCGAACACUAGGGUUUCCUCUCGCCGAGCGAUCGAGGAAGGGAAACCCCUUGGAAUCUCCGAUCCCUCGAGGUGGAAUGCUCGGAGGCCUCGCCUGAUCGAAGAGGACCGCCCGCGAUUCUCAUUCGGAUUCUCCACCAUGUCGGGCAAGAAGCUCAUCAACGAUCCUAACGAUGUGGUGACUGAGUUCAUUGAGGGCCUUGUUGAAACUUAUCCUGGUUUGCAGUACUUGGAUGGCUUCCCGCAGAUCAAGGUUGUAUUGCGUGCUGAUGUCUCAACCACAACUAACGACAAGGUUGCAGUUGUAUCUGGGGGUGGAAGUGGCCAUGAACCUGCUCACUCUGGAUAUGUUGGGGCAGGGAUGCUCACAGCAGCCAUUUGUGGCGAUGUUUUCACUUCUCCACCUGUUGAUUCUAUCUUAGCUGGCAUUCGAGCUGUCACAGGUCCUAAGGGAUGCCUUCUAAUAGUCAUGAAUUAUACAGGCGAUCGGCUUAAUUUUGGUCUGGCAGCUGAGCAAGCUAAAUCCGAAGGCUAUAAAGUAGAGAUGGUUAUUGUUGGAGAUGACUGUGCCCUUCCACCACCUAGAGGUGUAGCUGGACGAAGAGGUUUGGCAGGGACGGUUCUUGUUAGCAAGGUUGCUGGGGCAGCUGCGGAUGCUGGUCUGUCCCUUGCUGAUGUUGCUACAGAGGCAAAGCGCGCAUCUGAAAUGGUGGGAACAAUGGGAGUUGCCUUGUCAGUAUGUACGCUGCCUGGCCAGGUGACAUCUGAUCGUUUAGGUCCAGGACUGAUGGAGCUUGGCCUUGGAAUUCAUGGUGAGCCUGGGGCUGCUGUUGCUGACCUCCAGCCUGUUGGUGUUGUGGUAUCUCAUGUUCUUAAGCAGAUACUGUCCAAGGAAAUUCAGUAUGUUCCUAUCACCAGGGGGAGCAGAGUUGUUCUAAUGAUUAAUGGAUUAGGUGCCACUCCCAUAAUGGAUCUGAUGAUUGCAGCUCAAAAGGCAGUUCCAGAGCUACAACUGGAGCAUGGACUGGCUGUUGACAGAGUUUAUACUGGAUCUUUUAUGACUUCUCUUGAUAUGGCAGGUUUCUCCAUAACUGUUAUGAAGUCGGGUCCUACAAUUUUGCAGCGUCUGGAUGCCCCAACUAAAGCUCCAUACUGGCCUGUUGGUGCCGAAGGUGAUCGCCCACCAGCUAAAAUUCCUGUUCCAGUGCCACCACCUUGUUCAUCAAGGAGUAAUGAGCUUCAACCUUGCUUUACUGAAAGAUUUUUCUGCAUCAAGAUGAUCAUUCAACCACAAGAGCUAAGUGAACAAGGCUGCAUUUUGGAGGUUGCUAUUCAAGCAGCUGCAGAUGAAAUAAUUAAUCUUCGGGACAAGUUAAAUGAGUGGGAUAGUAAAGUUGGUGAUGGUGAUUGUGGAACUAUUAUGCAUAGAGGUGCUACGGCUGUUCUUGAAGACAUGAAAAAGUGUUACCCUCUGAAUGAUGCUGCAGAAACUGUAAAUGAGAUUGGGGCCUCAAUCGGAAGGGUGAUGGGUGGAACUAGUGGGAUUUUAUAUGACAUAUUCUGCAAGGCUGCAUACACAAGCUUGAAGGGAAGCCCAAUUAUCACAUCAAAACAAUGGGCCAGUGCUUUGGAGGCAUCAAUCACUGCAGUUAGCAAAUAUGGCGGUGCAAGUGCAGGCUAUCGCACAAUGUUGGAUGCUUUUAUUCCAGCAUUAACAGUUCUAAAAGAGAAGCUGGAUGCUGGGGAUGAUCCUCUAACAGCCUUUCUCCUGUCAUCUGAAGCAGCCAUGAAUGGGGCAGAGUCAACAAAAGAUAUGCAUGCACAAGCUGGCUGGUCCACUUACAUAGCUGCUGAUCUUCUAUCUUUAGUUCCUGAUCCUGGAGCAAUGGCUGCAGCAGCAUGGUAUAGAGCAGCAGCGCUUGCCGUCAAGAAGAAGCUGCAACCAUCAGAAAGCUAACAGUAGCUGUGCAUAUUAAUGCAUAAUUUCAAAACUAUACCUAACAGAGUAAUUCUUCACAAUUUUUUGGCUUGUAACUCAUUUGUUUUCCGCUUGUGCAAUGCAUGAGCUGAGAAAGCUUGAGUUCUAUCUAUCCAUUGUUUUGUCAGUGUAGUAUACUGCCAAAAUUCUAUAGAAGAGAUCCAUUGUGAUAAUAAAGAGUUAAUAGUCAUUUUGCCAAUUUGGUAUUCAUCGUGGCAACCGAAUUUGUGGUUCUACGGAUCCUCCUGUUAAAAAGUAUGAUGCAUCUCUCUUCA